AUCUCUCCAGUGCUGUCAGUUUCGAAGUAGGAGCCAUGGCUACAACAGCUCAGUAUAUUCCAAGGAAUAACUCUUUGCCUUCCAACCCGCUAAUGCACCCUGACUCAGACAGGAUGCAUCAGGGGACGACCUACAGAGAGGUGCAGAAAAUGAUGCACCACGAGUACUUACAAGGACUUGCUACCAACACGGGACAUCCGAUGAGCUUAACCCAUCACCAGUGGCUGCCCACGUCAAACAGUGACUGGACCAGUGCAACCCACAUUGGACAGCCCGACCACAGCAAAACUAGCGUCCAGGCCAGCCGGGAAGACCUGGGCAACGGUUUUCAUCACAGAUCUCACCUGGUUCACCAACAGACACAAAACAGCCACCACGGAUCAUGGGCACCCACCACCACGCAUCACCUGUCUCCCUUAUCGCCCGCUUCCAAUGGGCACCAGUCUCUGGUGUAUUCCCAGUCGGGCUACACGAAUCUCAACGCCAUGCUGAGCCCGCAACCUUCCUCGCUCCACCACAGCAUGAGGGACCCCCUCCAUGAAGACGCAGGUAGCCAUGACAACCAGAUGGAGUCCCCACAACAGCCCUUCAGCCACCACCAGGACCACUCGGAUGAAGACGCGCCCAGCUCCGACGACCUCGAACAGUUCGCCAAACAGUUCAAGCAGCGGCGAAUCAAACUGGGUUUCACGCAAGCAGACGUGGGCUUAGCACUGGGCACCCUUUACGGUAAUGUUUUUUCGCAGACCACCAUCUGCAGGUUCGAAGCGUUACAGCUGAGUUUCAAGAACAUGUGCAAACUUAAGCCGCUGUUAAACAAGUGGCUGGAGGAGACCGACUCCAACACGGGGAGUCCCACGAAUUUGGACAAAAUAGCCGCCCAAGGGAGGAAACGAAAGAAGAGAACCUCGAUUGAAGUCGGGGUCAAGGGGGCUUUAGAGAACCAUUUCUUAAAAUGCCCCAAACCUUCUGCGCAUGAAAUCACCAGCCUAGCAGGCACUCUCCAGUUGGAAAAAGAAGUUGUCAGAGUUUGGUUUUGCAACAGAAGACAGAAAGAGAAAAGAAUGACUCCCGCCGGUGUCCCUCACCCUAGCAUGGAGGAUGUAUAUUCACAAGCAGAAACCCCACCUCUCCGCCACACACUGCAGACCUCAGUACAGUGACUGAUUUCUUGAACUAUUGUUUUAAAAAAGAAAAGAAUUAAAAAAAAGAACAAGACUAUGGGAAUUUACAAAUUUUUAAAAGGGACAGAGAGACUGCAAAGUGAGUAUCGCCAGUGACCGGAGAUGUGAUGUUAGCUGUGUUGGGCACGCGUAAAAAAGGAAAAUACUCAGAAUUCACGUGCGUUCAAGUAAAACAAAGAUCUCUUUAUUUACCAAAAUGAUCAAAUACAAUAGGGAAUUCGACCUUGCUCGUGUGUUCAAGGGAAACAAGCGCCGCAGCCGGGCAGUUCUUCUUGAGGCGUCUAAACCUGCUAAGACUCACCUCAACCUCAUUUUCAAUCAAAAACCUAUCACACACAAGGCGCUUCUAUUGCCAGUCUAGCAGACAGUGGAUAGAUUUUUUUUCCUAUUCCUCAAAUUCGAAAUUGAUAUUUCUUUUGUAUGAAUUAUUGUGAUACUUUGCUUUGUGUUGUUUGAACUAAUCGUGUCCCUGCUUUACUGAAAAAAAAGUACGACUUUAAAUCUAUAAUUUAACAAAUCUUUAUAAAACACUAUACGUUACCGAGAAUGAAGACUACUGCCGUGCGUAUAAAUGUCGGGAAAACGUGUAAGAAAGGUUGAAACUGCAGGUACAUCUCAUGCCAUUAUGUCGGAAGUAUAACAUUGUAAUUUCUUAACAGAUAUCACAGUUUUGGCAGUGCCCCAAUAAACUCGGCGUCGCAGCUGGCAAACUGGAAAGUUUCGUAUCAAGACAGGCUGCGUAUCGCCUAAAUAGAACACUACACGAAUGACUUUUCCAGUAAUCACAUUUUUAUUUCCUGGUUUGUUUGGUUGGUUUUCAUUUAUUUGCAUGAAGCACUUAAAUUUCUUGUCUAACUUAACCCUCCCCUUCAUUGUGCACGUAUUUCUUUGUAAUUGUGCGGAUGAACUUCAUGUUUACAACAUUUUUUGAACUAGUUGCGCUGUCUACUGAUUCACUGGCUUUUGGACUAUUCCAGCCAAACCCUAAGAAAGGUUUUGGUGUAACACGAAAAGAAAAAAGAAAACUCAGGUAUCAAACUAAAAAAUGCCCAGGUCCAAGUCCAACCCCGCUCAUAAAACAAAUGAGAACAUUAACAGAUUUUUCUCCACAUAUGUCGUUAAAUCAUUCCACUGCUUACAUAUUCGGAGGAUUGGGUGUGACAACGUUAAUGAAGGGAUCCGUUUCAAAAUACAUGUAUUUAUUGUUUGUUUUUAAAAAGGGAAAAUCGUAGGUGAUAACCAAUCUCCUUAUAUUGUGCGUUUUGCUGUUUACAAUUUGGUUGCAUAGAGAAUUUGAUUUAACAGGGGGAAGUAAUGGGCAAUUAUAUUCAGCAACGUUAAAGGAUAAAUACAUGAAAAUGUUUAGUUUUCCGAGAACAGAUUUAAAACAAUUGCCAAUUUUAUUUCUUUCCAGUAUGUAAAUAUGUCGAAUAUGUAAACAUAUGUAUUUGUUUGGGAAUUUAUUGUUUCGUUUUCAUUUUGUUUUGUUUUCUUUCUGGACAGUUUUGUACACUUACUAAUUCCAAGAAGAUAUUUUAAUAUGAUUUCAUUUAUGAAUUUGACCAUUUAUAUAUUUAUUUCCUAAGUGUGUUGGAGCUUUCUUUGUUUAGCUCUUUUAAUGAUUAUGUUGCAGUGGAUUUCAAAUUAUUUGUUAACUACAUUUGUUGUAUGUUUGUUGCAAAAUGUAGACUGCAAAGUCGCAUUUAUAUUUAUGUUAU